UCCCUGGAGAAGCCCCGCCCUCUCCGACCGCCCAGCAAAAGUCGAGUCUUUGGAGCUUAGUUGAGCAUUCAGAGCGGCCUCCCAGGGAAGGAGUUUCUGUGAGCUUCUGUACAUCAGGAUGGUGCAGGCCAAGAGCUGGACCCUGAAGAAGCACUUUGAAGGCUUCCCUACUGACAGUAACUUCGAGUUGAAGACUACUGAACUCCCACCCUUAAAUAAUGGGGAGGUCUUGCUGGAAGCCCUGUUCAUCUCUGUGGAUCCUUACAUGAGGUACUGUCUCUCUCCUUUGAAGGAGGGUGAUAGGAUGAUGGGUGAGCAAGUGGCCAGAGUUGUGGAAAGCAAAAAUCCAGCCUUCCCCGCAGGAACCAUCGUAGUGGCUUUAUCAGGCUGGACAUCACAUUCCAUUUCUGACGGGAAUGGACUGAGGAAACUGCCAGCAGAGUGGCCAGACAAGUUACCACUGUCUUUGGCUUUGGGGACAGUUGGCAUGCCAGGCCUCACUGCCUACUUUGGCCUGCUUGACAUCUGUGGUGUGAAGGGUGGAGAAACAGUGAUGGUCAACGCAGCAGCAGGAGCAGUGGGGUCUGUAGUGGGGCAGAUAGCUAAGCUCAAGGGCUGCAAAGUUGUUGGUGCAGCAGGGUCUGAUGAGAAGGUUGCCUAUCUUAAGAAGCUCGGAUUCGAUGUUGCCUUUAACUACAAGACAGUAAAGUCUUUGGAAGAAGCUUUGAGAAUGGCCUCUCCUGAUGGUUAUGAUUGCUAUUUUGACAAUGUAGGUGGAGAGUUUUCAAACACUGUUAUAUCCCAGAUGAAGACAUUUGGAAGAAUUGCCAUCUGUGGAGCCAUCUCUCAGUACAACCGUACUGGUCCAUGUCCCCAAGGCCCACCCCCAGAGGUCGUUAUUUAUCAGCAGCUCCGUAUGGAGGGGUUCAUCGUUACUCGCUGGCAGGGAGAUGUCCGCCAGAAGGCUCUGACAGACUUGAUGAAUUGGGUCUCAGAGGGUAAAAUCCAGUAUCACGAAUAUAUGCUUGAAGGAUUUGAAAAGAUGCCAGCAGCGUUCAUGGGGAUGUUGAAAGGAGAAAAUCUGGGGAAGGCCAUAGUGAAAGCAUGAAAAAAAUGACAUGUGCAUCAUCACUGGAAGAUUAGCUUUUUUCUUUUUUAACAUUUGGUACAAAUGUAUACUGCCUUAUAUAAGAAAUAACAGCAAGGGAUUUGACCUAUCUAAUAAAAUCUAUGUGUAAUUUUUAGUUUUAAUCUGUGA